ACCAGCAGGCAGGCGUUAAAGCAAGCCAGAGUGGGAGUGAGGGACCACCAGAAAGUAGGGUGGAGGGUAAAAGAGAGAGAGUGCAAGUGUGUGUCAGAAGGGGAAAGGACAUAAAGGCAGCCAGAGAAACCAGAGGGAAGCAACCCUGUGGAAGCAACGGAGUGUUGGAUAAUGGAGGUGCAGUCGGAUUGUGUGGAGCCUCCUGUGGCUCCACAGUGUGACACACAGCCUGCAGGGAAGAUCAACAAAGCAGCCUUUAAACUCUUUGGGAAAAGACGCACUGGCUCUGGAAUGGCCAGCUUCUUCUCCUUCAGGAACAAAGCUGCUGCAAACGGUGGGAACAAUGGGAAUUCUGACAACGGAAAUUCUUUGAAUGGAAACAGCUCGGCGGCAUCAGCAGAGCUUGUGAGGAGCAAAACACAUGACGGGCUAACAGGCUCCAACAACGAGGCUGUGGGUCAGAGAGGGGAGGGCCUUACUAGCCUGGAGGCAGGGCCGGUAAGGUCGCUCAGCAAAUCGUUGAGUUUCUUUUCCUUUCUCCGACGUGGGAGUUUUAGGACAAGUGAAAAUGGUGGGACAGGAAUUGUGAGAAGAGGGAGGGGCCUGAAGGGCUUUUUCAGCAGCAUGCGAUGGAGGCGUAAAGAGAAAACAAGCGAGGCUGAGGGAGAAGAGGUGGAAGGUAAGAAAGCAAGGGACACAGAUGCUACAGAAUCUGAGACCUUGAAGGACAUUACUCUUACCCUUGAGCCACCUCCGCAUCAUCACCAGGAGGACUGUGCAAGUGCAGAGACAGGAUCUAACCUACAAGCAUCAGACACUCCCACCACUAGUGUUACCAUGACACCCACACACUGUGUUGCCAUGCCAGGACCAUCUGGUGAGCCAGACUCUCCUUUUCCUUACACACCCACCGACUCACCACUGCGCCCAUCUAUUCAAAAAGCCAAAGCUUCAAUAUCUAGCCUCACCCCGUCCCUUACUACACCCCCUCUGGACCGCUGCAGCAUAGGUGACCAACCCUCAGAGCCCUCUGUAGAUCGACUCUGUUCCAUCCUUUUCACUGAUGUCACAUCUCUGAAGAGCUUUGAUUCACUGACUGGCUGUGGUGACAUUAUUGCUGAUGCAGACGAGGAAGGACCAGGGGGUAAUGGUGGCAGUGGAACGAGUAGUAGUAGCAGUGGAGGUGGAGGAGGGAGUCUGAGCACAAAUGUUGGGAGAGCUGUUGGUUUAACCAGUGCAACAACUCAUGCUUCCCCAACCAAACCUCCAAUACCUUCACAGAUUACUCAGCCUAUGUUCUCCGUUCCCCAGAGUUCGGCACCUGUCUGUCUCCCUGCUCGGACCCGAGUGCCUCCUCCACCACAGCAGCAUUCUGCUGGAAGUGGUGUAGUGGCCUACAUGGGAGGAGGGGAAGAAAUGGCAAGUCCAGAAGGAGUGGACGAUGCAGACAUGCAGGGACUUUGGCACAUGUUGCCUUCUGCAGGAGAAAGCUCCCCUGCAUUGCCCCGGCAGUACCAGCCUUCUUCCAGUACCCUUACUUCCACUUAUCCCCCUCGCAGCAACUCCCCCAGUGCACUUCGUCCCUCAGCUCAAAGAAGCGCAGAGAGAAAAGCUCCUCAGGUGAAGUCGCUGGGCCUCAGCAAGAUUCCAGUGGUUGGUGGAGCAGGAAGCCGGGCAGGUAAACCCCCUCUGCCUCAUGCACAUGGCCGCCAUCCUGUAUCACCUGGUGAAAAAGAACUUCUCAGUGACGAAGGUUACUGGGAUACUCCCUCAGCAACACCUACAGCAACUCCUGAUGAGAGUGGGUUGCAGCGUAACCAGAAGAUUGCCCUAUCACGCGAUAGCUGCUCGGGAGACCACCUUUACGACUUGUACAAUGAUCCUGAAGAGGAGGGAGAAGAUCAGAGGGGAGACAAUGAUGUGAACAGUACCCCCUCUCCAUCUGCAGAAUUCAAAAUGAGUCCCGCCUCCCAAAAAAGUCCCCUUUCAACCUCCUCUUCCUCUUCCUUUCAAUCAUUGAAAGGCAGCGCCAGCCUUCCCCGAGACUCCAAGAUCCCAGUAAGUAACAGACAGACCUCGCCUCCCCACUCUGUAAGCCAGUCUGCUCUGUCCUCUGUACUGGAGGCAGAAACCCCUCCGCCAAAGACCCAUGCACCCCAACCAGCCCGCACCAGAAUCCCUGUGUCAAAGGUGCCAGUUCGCCGUUCUGGAAGCAAACCUGCCACCAGCACAAGUGGAGGAGCUGCAUCCAAGAAGUAGAUCUUUUUGACAAACAUUUAAGCUUUGCCUUCUAAGAUAUAGUACAGGACUGGUUGCUCAGAGCCAAAAGUUUCUUGUGUUCAAGAAAAUGUGGAGCUGUAGAAUCAUCAGCUUAAAAAUUGCAUUCAGAUCUUAGAAUUUCCACUAGAUUCCUUUCGGUCAGCUGGACAAUAAUCAGUGCUUCUGACACAAAGACACUCAAAAAAGCUGGUUUCAUACAUGACUGACCUUACUCGCACUUUGGAGGCUGACUAUUGACAAUCCCUCUUCACAGAGACAAUUCAUUCUUCAACUUCAAGUUGUCGGAAAAAGCUACUGACCUGUUGAAUUUGACAGUUACUUUGAGAAAAGAACAGAGCACCUUUUUAUCUUUGACAUUUUUGUAUGGAAUUCAAUGUGACAUCAUUCAGUUUGAUAGGACCUAAUUCAAUCAAGGUUUUCUGUUAUAGUUUUUUUUUAUUUUUAAUUUGUCUAAUUUGUUAUAAAUUACCUCCUAAUGUUGUGAUUUUAGAGCCAAAGCUAAAGAAAAAAAAACAAACUCAGAAAGCUUAGAUUUUUUUCCUGUUAACUUCUGGAACAGACUCAACAAUAUGCUUUUUACUGACCUUCGCUUUUUAAAAACGGUAUUCUCUGGACCGCUCACUGAUUUCAAAACUGUAUGCUUUAGAUUUACAAAUACAAAUACAAUUGAUGCAGUUUUAUAACUUACUUACUUUGCAGCAAAAAAGCUACACUGGAGAAAGCCACACAAUAUCUAUUUUUCUUUUGGAGACGUCCUCUUUUAUGGGCUUGUUCAUUUUGGCAUGUUUCAUUGUGUGGAUCCCACUUCUACCACACAACUUCAAUGACAUACGUUAUUUGAAUUUCUCUGGGAUUUACACUGAUUUCACUGCUAAUGUAAACCUAUAAAGUAUUUGCAAUAUAACACACUGAGAGAUCCUUUGCACUAAUGCAUCUUCAUCCAAUGCAACCUAAGCAAUUCAACAUUCAGAAUAAAAAAAUAAAAAAACAUGCACGCUCAUAUUGUCAGUUGCUCUCUGCAUGCAGUGCACCAGAGGCACAAAAGUCAGGGAAGAUCAUGUAGAGAUGAAAAGAUUUUCGGCAUGCACACUGUACUACGUUUGUCAUUCUCUUCGUACCUUACACUGGUUAACUUUUUCCUUCAAGGACAUGUGAAAAAAAACAAAACUUUUCUAAGUAAAUAUUUUUUUUAUCACGUUUUCAUACUUUUUAUAGACUACUAUGUGAAAAAAACUGCUCAGAUCUCAAACUGUGAUUGCAUCAGUGUCUUAGAGCAACUUCCUCUAUUUCUGCUUUUUUCUUUUUUUGAAAGUUUUGAUGUAACUGAAUGAUAAGGAGGUAUUAUUUCUACAUGCCAGCCAUUUUUAAAGAGCUAAGACAGAAUGCAAAGCAAACUAGUGAGUUGGCCUUCACUCUUCACCUGCUAACUCUUCUGCUGAUGCUGUAUAAUAUGAUUUCACGAUCCACCGCAGCUGUUUGUAAAUCUGAAUGUAGCUCAAUAUCAUCAGAGAUCCUUUACUCUGAAUUUAAAGGUGAUGAGCGCAAGGCAAAAGCCAAAUUUGCCUAUUUUCUACCAGCGCUCUGGAAGACAAACGACUGCUUAGUGUGUCUAGCUUUGCAAAACAACACGUUUAUAAGCGAGGGGCUCGGUUGUGGUUUUCUGAAGCAUUUGUCAGAUAUUCAGAGACAUAUGUUAAAAGCAUAAUCUUUUUUUUUACUUUCAAAACAUAGGGACAGUGUUGAUAAUUGAGGGGUCAUGUUGAUUGAAGUUAGAAUAUUACAGACAUUAAAGUGACAGGUUUGGUAGCAAAGCACCUUUUUAAUGUCAGAUAUUUUGAUAUGUUUGAUAUGUACCUUAAUGUUUUCCAUUACUUACUUUGUUGAUAUGGACCUAAUCUAAUCAAACUUUAUUGUUAUUAUUAUUGUUUUGUUUUUUUUAAGGUUUUUGCAAUAGAUCUUGGAAUAUAUGGUAGUCUAUAAGUGUCACAAUUCAACAAAUAAAUCAUUAAAUCAUUGUGAAAAGUGUCAAUAAUUUAUAUCAAAUUUGAGACAUAAACUAUUAUUUAGUUUAAUAUAUAUGACAUUAAAUAAUUCAUAGCUAGUCAUGAAUUGAUUUUGCUUGACAACAUUAUCCAUCAAAAUGAGUGCAGAGGGACCAACAUGGUUUUAUUCCAUUGGUCUUAAGUGGACUGAGUGCAGGUUAAACAAUCUGAAGUUGAGGUCUCUUUGAUAAGCCACACUCCUCACUGUAUUUCAGCAAGUACGCAAAGAAAAACUGAAAAAUUUAGAAAUUAUUAUAUAUAAUUUUAAUUACGUGAAAUCUUAGGCAGAUAAUUGUUUUAAUCAUUUGCAAAUUUAUAUACUAUGGCUUAAAUUAUUUAUUUGUAUACUAAAUUUAUUUUUCAUGAAUGGGUUAAAUAAUAAUUUAAUGAUUUAUUUCAUUUUGUCACUGGGAAGGAUUUACCGUCCUGUGGUCAUAGCACAGCGAUUGUACAGUGGGGAAGCGGGUGGGGGAUUGUCCUGUCAAACUGUCAGUUCCCGAAACCACUGAUACACAAAAAUAACUUGGAAAAGCCCAAACCGAUCACAGGGUAAAAACAUUGUGGGUUACAAAUGACCUCAUCCUUUAAGACCAUGGGAAGGUUAAUCUAAAGCCACUUGGAUUAAUUUAACUAUUCUCAUCUCAAGCAAAUCAAAUUAGUUCACAGAUUCCCCACCCAUGUUGUGUUUUUCCCUUUAAUUUAUUCUUAUUCCUUAUUUUAUUUUCAAAUCUCAUGUUUCCUAAAGUGAUGAUUUGCAACAGUUUAAGUAGAGGAUAGGGAUAGUUUUAACAGAAAUAUCUAUUUUACCAAAAAGGUUCUCUGACGUAUUUCACAUGAACAUAAAAACGACCUUACAUCUACUCAUAAUAUCAAUGUUAAAAACAAACAAAUGUAGAUGACUGGGAACUGAACUUGAACUGACUGUUAAAAAUGAUUUAUCCUUCUUAGCUCAUCUAAUUCUGUUUUCCCAGAGCCUGAGUUUCAGUCAAACUUGUAUGACAUGAUACCUAUUUCUUUGAUCUGACAUGUACGCACUCCUGAGGCAGCCGAACCACUGCCAAAUUGAGUUCCAAGUAUUUAUUGCAGCCUGAAACGUUCUCUCUUUCUCUUCGUAAAUAUCAGAUUUCGUGCAAGAGUUGCAGCAGGAAAAAAAUAAUUUAACAAACCCAGCAAGUUGUUUUUCCCACUGUGUCACUGUUUUUCUGUUGGCAGUGCCACACUGUUGUACCAUCUGUUUUUCAUUAAUUAAACUGUUUUUGCACUAAUAGAUCAGUGCUUGGCUCUUCAUACCUAAAUUUACGUCAAAUUCCUCAGGACGUGAUAUUUUUGUGCCAUUUUGAUGUUAAAAAAUAAUUUUAAAAAAUGUAAUGUCUUUACUUAACUUUUCCAUUGUUUCCUAAGGAACAGACAGGAUGAGAAAAAAAUGGUUUGCUAUGAAGCUGCUGCAUCACAUUUAGAAAUAGGUCAGCUUUGGAUGGCAGUCUUAGGCAAUCAAUAUUUUUUAACGACUGUUAAAGCAUUUGUUUCUCUUUUGCUCUCUACCAGAAAAAGGCUACGCAGGGUCAUGAUGAUGCAAGCACAUUUACAACUGCUAUAUGAUUCCAUGUGAUCUUAAACUUCAUGGAAUAUAUUAACUUGUUGUUUCAGGGAAUAUGGGUAUCUCUACAACAAGAGUACAUAUAGUUGACAAGGUGUGUAAAUGCAUGAAGAGAAGGAUUUGGUGCAGUGCAAGUCCUUUUUAUAAUGGUGCAGCAGCUCCCUCUUCUCUCUCUCUCUUGUUUAUAUAAAAGCCUUACGUAAGACAUUCACUUCUACCGGCCCACUUCGUCAAAGCCAGGGAUGCUGACAGGGAGAGGGUGCUUGGUGGAGCAUGCGUAUAUGUGUCGGCUGAUCUUGUCAUUAAUCUGCUGAAUGAGAGCAUUUACUCUCAGUGUUUGCCAUCAUUGCAUAAAUCUGAUGAAAGUGCUCAAGAGGGAGAUUUUAGUGUUGUGCUGACCUGCAAGGCUCAUGUUCUAAUUACUAAAGGGCAGAACAAGGAACAACGUCUUGAUGAAAUGCAAAGCAGAAGCUAUGGAACUCUGCAAAGAUGCUUCAGGAACUUUUGUAACUUUCAUUGAACAUCUCGCCAGACUAAAAUUGUCAUGCCGCUCCAUUAAAUGUGAAUAUGAAAGAAAUUGUGAAGUGAACUGAGUUAUUUGAAAAAUAGCACCGUGAUUGGAUUAAAAUAAGCUUUAGUGCUUUUUUUGCUUUCUUCAGUGCAGGAUGAAAGUUGACCUCCACAUUUGUGUGUUGUGGUAACCUGAUCACACUGCAGCACCAGUCAACCCUACUUGGGAGUGCCUGAAACCAAGAGAUACACAAGUUACUUGAAGAGAUGCAUAUUAGGUUUCAGUUUUGAGUCUGUUAUUGACGGAGACAGUCCUGCGUUGACGGGCACAGAACAUGCGCGCAGCCUCUGUGCUCCUAUACGUAUUCAUGUGUAUAAUUUAAUGUUACUCAAAGUAAUUACAUGGUUCAUUUCUCAUACACUUUACUAUCUUGGUUAAAAUCUGUAUACUGUUAAAUGAAUUCCGGUGCACCUGAUGAAAUUAAUUAAUUUCCGUCAACCAAUUCAUCACUGAAAACAGAAUUUUCUACUUCUCAGAAAAUUUGAAUAUUACGUAAGACAAAUGAAAAGUAUUUUUAAUAUAGAAAUGCCAGUCAAGUAUCUUCUUCUUGAAAGUACAGUAUACCAUAGCUUCUAAAUGAAGUUUAGGUCAUGCAAGUUUUUAAAUUAAACACAAUACCAUGCUCUUUCCGCCAGAUAUUUGAAUGUUGUAGUGGGAAAAUUUAAGAUUACUAUGAUUAUUAACUGAAUCUAUGUAUAGCAGUAUUAUGAUUCUUGUGUGAUGCAUGAGCUCAUGAAAAAGACUUCUGAAGGAGUUUCUCUGGCCUUAGCGUAUAACGAAGUCAUUGGCCUUAACAUUACAAUAAAGUCAUUGGAUUGUUUUAUCUCUCAUGGCUCCUAGUGAACAAAGACGUGUGCUUGCUAUCUGCUGUCUGUUCUGCAAAUCAAGCUAUGUGAUCGGAAUGAACCUCUCCCUAUAAAUCUGUAAGCUGUGUUCUGCUCGAGGCUCUUUCUCCUGAUUGCGUUCAGUGAGCAGAGACUUGGAAUGCUGUAAAGCCUUUGAAUAAAUACCAAU